GAUUUCAUCUCUUCUGUCUGCAGUAUACUUUUUGAAUCCUUGUUUCCUGGCUCAUCCCAUCCAACCAGAUUUACUGCAUUGACUCUUUUGGGAACAAUAGCUGAAAUAUUUCCUAAUUCAGAAGGCCAGAGCCAAGAAUUAUUCCAAAUAGCUCAAGAAGUUGAUUGUUCUCGUGCUGAAAGUCUGCUGCAUUGUUUUGCCAGUACUUUUGAGGAAGUAAAGACCUUGGCAUUUGAUCUUCUAAUGAAGCUUCAUGCUUUCUUGCCCUAUUUUCAGGAUCUUGAAAAACUGCAGCCGUUGUUUCAGGUAGCUAUGCAGCUCAGCAAAAGUUCCAAGCCAUAUGACUGUGUGACUGCUUCCUAUCUACUGAACUUCUUGAUACAUCAAAAAGGACUGUUGAAGAUCUGUUCAGAGAGUCAUCAACUUCUGGGCAUGUUUCAGCCAAAUGAAGAUACACCUGCUGACUCACUAGAGAGGAAUACUUUAUCUGUUAUCAAGUACUUGUUGGAAAACCUUGAAAGAGAAAUAUUGCAAGCUGAGAAGUCUUUACUCCAAGCAGCUGCUUCAUUCCCAAUGUAUGGCAGACUACACUGUAUAACUGGGGCUUUGUGUCAAUUAAAUAAUAUGACACUGACCAGUGAAUGGAAAGAAAUAGUGAGAAAACUUAUUCUGAUAUCAUAUAAACUUUCUGCUGUAGUAUCUCCAGUAGUUCAGAGUUCAUCUCCAGAAGGCCUUAUUCCAAUGGAUACUGACUUGGAAACAUCAGAGCGAUUGCAAUUGAUUCUGCUUGAGAUACAGCCAUGUGAUACAAAUGAUUACUUCACAGAAACAAAAUUGUUGAAAGAAUGUUACAGACCAGACUGCACUGAUGAGAGAACUCUGAACAUUUGUGCUGAAAUUAAAGGUAAAGAACAACAUACAAGUGAUGUCACAGCUCAAAUGGUGUUGGUAUGUUGCUGGCGAAGCAUGAAGGAGAUUUCAUUACUUUUAGGGAAGUUGUGCCAACUGCUGCCUUUACAGAUACUUCCUAGUUGUUCAGAUGCUUUGAUAACAGUGGAACAGGAUUCACUUACGGACUUCCACAUUUAUGUUUUCCAUUUGGCAAACAGCAAGGUAAAGGAUAUUGGGGAAUAUUUCAAGAAUCAUCUCCUAAAGUCAAGGCAUAGAGGAGCAUUUGAGCUAGCUUAUGCUGGCUUUGUAAAGCUUACUGAAGUAUUCUCAAGGUGUAAUAAUGAAGAUAUACACAAGUUGCCACAGCAAUGGUUAUGCACUGUCCUGGAAGAAAUUAAAUCAAGUGAUCCUUCAUCUAAACUGUGUGUCACUAGACGCAGUGCUGGAAUUCCAUUCUAUAUACAGGCUUUGCUAGCUUCAGAACCAAAGAAAGGUAAAGCAGGCCUACUAAAAAUGACCAUGAAAGGUUUGAUAAGCUUGGCUUUACCUUCAGAUAUGCCAUCAAGCACAAUUUCUCAGGUUCAUGCAUUAAAUAUCUUGAGAGCUUUAUUCAAGGAUACCCGCUUAGGUGAAAACAUAAUUCCUUAUGUGGCAGAUGGAAUGCGAGCAGCAAUAUUAGGUUUUACUUCUUCUGCCUGGGCAGUGAGAAAUUCAUCUACGCUUCUGUUUAGCACCCUCAUUACAAGAAUAUUUGGAGUUAAGAGAGGAAAGGAUGAGAGCUCAAAAAAAAACAGAAUGACAGGGAGGGAGUUUUUUACUCGAUUUCCAAAUCUUUAUCCAUUUUUGCUUGCUCAGUUGGAACAAGUAACCAGUACAGCAGACAGUCAAACCAAAGAGUUGAAGCUUCAUCCAAGCUUAUUUCUGUUACUUUUGGUUUUAAGUAAGCUGUAUCCAUCACCAAUGGAUGGUACAUAUUCUGCCCUUAGCAUGGCUUCCUUUGUUCCUCUUAUUUUGAGAUGUGGUAACUCUCCUGUGUACCGUUCACGUGAGCUGGCUGGAAGAGCCCUUGUUCCCUUCGUUAUGCUGAAUUUGGUGCCACAGACAGUUUCUUCUUUGUUAGCCGGGCUUCCAGAUUGCACUGAUCCUUAUGUACGACAGAAUGCAGUUCAUGGAACGCUGUUACAAGUCUUUCACUUGCUGCAGUCUUAUCUGGAAUCUAAACAGAGAGCUAAUUCAGACUUUCAUCAAGGUUUGAGCAACAUUAUCACUAGUGUAUGUGGCAAGCUAUGGUUGGCAAAGAGGCAAAAUCCUUGUCUGGUGACUAGAGCAGCAUAUCUUGAUGUCCUUAUUCUGUUGAAUAAUUAUCUGGGGAAGUCAAAAAUAAAAG